CUCAGCGGUGGUGGAACAGUCCUCUUACGUCCUGCACACAAGGAAGAUGAAUAAUAAUACGCAGGAUACUGCAGUGCUUCAGCACAUUGAGAGGGAGGUACGCAUGCGUGAAGGAGCUUGCAAGCUACUGGCAGCAUGUUCCCAAAGAGAGCAGGCCCUGGAGGCCUCCAAGAGCCUCCUAACCUGCAAUACCCGCAUCCUGGCCUUGCUCAGCCAACUACAGAGGAUGAGGAAAGUACAAAUCCUACAAAGUGUGGGAUGCAGGCCAUCUGACGAUCUGGUGCCAUGUACAGGAAAAGUAGCACUUUCAGACCUGCGAAUCCCCCUCAUGUGGAAAGACUCAGAGUACUUCAAAAACAAAGGAGAACUACAUCGCUGUGCCGUGUUCUGCCUGAUCCAGUGUGGCACAGAGAUCCACGACACUGACCUGGUGAUGGUAGACAGGACAUUAACUGACAUCUGUUUUGAAGACACUAUAAUAUUCAACGAGGUAAGUCCAGGGUUUCAGCUUCGUGUUGAGCUGUACAGCAGUUGCGUGGUCGAUGAAUUCUCCCCUGGGGCCAUAGGAUCCUGGAGAGUGAGCCGUCUGGGGGGCUCUUUGGGAUGCUCCUCUGGGAAAAAGAUCCGUACUGCAUUCGAGUCUGCAGCUGUUUGCGGAUCCAUUUCCAGUGGAGAUGUAAGAUCCGGAAGCGUGCCACCAACAUUAUCACCUGACCUGUUGACACUGGGACCUAAGUACAACCUUUUGGCUCACACAACCCUGAGAAUUGAGCAUGUCCGGGAAGGUUUCAAAACGCACGAUUUAUCACUUUCAGCGACAGAGGAUAAUCCAUUCUGGUUGCCUUUGUACGGAAGUAUGUGUUGUUGCUUAGCUGCUCAGCCUCUGUGCAUGAUUCAGCCAGUGAUAAGUGGCCAAAUCAAAAUCAAGCUCAGCUCAGAAGAGGACUGUAAUUAUUCUGAAACUGUCUAUGGUGUCCUCAAGAGGCAAGCCCUUCUCUGUUAUCAAAGUCAAGAAGACCUGGAGUCUGAGGACAAUCCCUUGCUUGAGAUUCCAAUCACAAAGGAUACCGUUGUCUGUAUGUCUGACAGAGAUCCUGCCAAUUGCCAGAAAAUAUACAUCAAUACACAACGUCAAGGGGAGGACAUAACUUACGUGCUUACCACAUACACACUUGAAGACACACAGCACUGGAGGAAGGCCCUCUGUCAGCACAUCCAUAGCAUGAGCCAUUGGAAACAGUGUUGUGACAACCUCAUGAAGAUACAAAUGCCGAGCUCCAGGAAAUCAGUAAUGACGAAGCAGGGAUCUCUAUACCAUGAAAUAGGUAGAGUAACAUGCGCAAUGACUGAGUGAUGCCAGCUUAUGCCGAAGCCCCAGAGAUGCUGUUUGGUGGUGUUUGAAAUAGUUUUCUGA